CCGCGGCCGCGGCGUCGUCGCACGCCGCGACGGCCUCCUCCUCCUCCUCCUCCUCCUCCUCCGCGGACGACGCGCGCUUCAUGUCCCUCGCGAUCGAGGAGGCGAAGCUCGCGUCGAGACGGCUCGAGGUCCCCGUCGGCGCGGUCCUCGUGCGCGCGUCCACGGGCGAGGUGCUCGCGUCGCAUCACAACACCGUCGACGAGGAGGACGACCCGACCGCGCACGCGGAGCUGAAGUGCAUCCGCGACGGCGCGAAACGCCUCGGGGGCUGGCGUUACCUCGCCGAGACGACGCUGUACGUCACCCUGGAGCCGUGCCCGAUGUGCGCGGGCGCGGUGUUGAACGCGCGGCUCGGCGAAGUCGUGUGGGGCGCGCCGAACCCGCUCAUCGGCGGCGACGGAAGCUGGCUGCCAAUCAUGGGCGACGGCGGCGGCGCCGACGUGGCGGAAGCUGACGUGGACGAACCAGAAGACGCCGUGCGUUCGUGUUCAAUCCCCGGCGGCGGCGGGCCCGUUCGACCGCACGCGUUCAAGCCGACGCUCGUCGUGCGAAGGCGCGUGCUCGAGGAGGAGUGCGCGGCUUUGAUGCGUUCGUUCUUUCGGGAACGGCGAGACGCGAGCAAGGCGGCGAGGGAGGUCGCGCGAGCAGAGGCGGAGGACGCGGACCCGCCGCGGACGUCGUCGUAGGCGGGAGGAGGUUGUUUAGUAGGUCGUUUAGGUUCUUCUAUGUGUAGACUACGUGUAGGUUC